UCACAGGGAGCACGCAAUGCCACUGCCGCGGCAGUGACAGCCAGCCCGGCUCCCCGUGUCCCUUUAAAAUCCCAAACCGAGCCUAAUGAUUUAUCAAACUCCUAUUAUCAAGAAAAUGUCACGCGAAGGGCACCUUGCUAUGCACUGACGCAAACCCGGUCUUUCCCAAGGAAGUAUAGAAAGCUUUGCUGUGAACUGGGCAAAACCCAGUCUGACAAUUGCCCGUACUGCUCCUUCCACCUCUGCCGGCUCCGUCUGGGGCUAUUUCAGACAUGGAUUACGCCAGUCAAAGGGAUAUGAGCAAGCAGCUCGUGAACAACCCUGAAGCGGUGGCUCCCGGACCCAACGAAGGUGCGGGAGUUGCGAGAGGCGAAAAUGAGCCGCAAAACGCCCCUGUGCCAGCGGCCGCCGCCGCCAGCCUUGCCCGGUCACUGUCCAACGACAGCAAAGCCUUUCUCUCCGAGGAAGCGAAACCCAGCGAGCUGGAGAGGACCAAAGUGGGGGUCUGCAAGCUGAGCAGCACCCCGGUGCAAGCCAACUCCACCGUCCGGAGGGAAGCUGCGGAGAGCCUCCCCUGCACGCCGGGCAAUCCCGGGGCAGGGACAGCCGGGCCGGCUGCGAUCCCGCACUGCAAAAUCCCCGCUCUGCAGAGCUCGGACGGGAACGCUGCCCUGGGCCUCGGCAAGGGCUCGCUGGAGCACAGCAACGCCUGGGCGACCCUGAGCCAGAGCACCGUGGUGCUGGGCGCCGACGGCAACACCUCCGUCCUCCCCGGCACAGUGGAGGGGGAAGACGAUGUGGGGGAUGAAAAUAAAGCCCGAGGGAACUGGUCCAGCAAGCUGGAUUUCAUCCUCUCCAUGGUGGGUUACGCGGUGGGGCUGGGCAAUGUCUGGAGGUUCCCGUACCUGGCCUUUAAGAAUGGGGGAGGUGCGUUUCUCAUCCCCUAUUUGAUGAUGUUGGCUCUAGCUGGGAUCCCCAUUUUCUUCCUGGAAGUGUCCCUGGGGCAGUUUGCUAGUCAGGGCCCCGUGUCGGUGUGGAAAGCCAUCCCCGCGCUGCAAGGCUGCGGCAUCGCCAUGCUGAUCAUCUCGGUGCUGAUAGCCAUUUACUACAACAUCAUCCUCUGCUACACCCUCUUCUACCUGUUCGCCUCCUUCGUGCCCGUGCUGCCCUGGGCCUCCUGCAGCAACCCCUGGAACACGCCCGACUGCAAGGACAAAAACAAACUUCUGCUGGAUUCCUGCAUCAUUGGCGACCACCCAAAAAUACAAAUCAAGAACUCUACUUUCUGUAUGAGUGCCUAUCCAAAUCUAACCAUGGUUAACGUCACCAGGGAAGGAAACAAAACAUUUGUCAGUGGGAGUGAAGAAUACUUCAAGUACUUUGUAUUGAAGAUUUCAGCAGGGAUUGAAUAUCCUGGUGAGAUUAGAUGGCCCUUGGCAUUAUCUCUUUUCCUAGCCUGGGUGAUUGUUUAUGCCUCCCUUGCUAAAGGAAUCAAAUCAUCAGGAAAAGUUGUGUACUUCACAGCCACGUUCCCCUACGUGGUUCUCAUCAUCCUGCUCAUAAGGGGAGUGACUCUGCCUGGAGCUGGGGAUGGCAUCUGGUACUUCAUCACACCCAAGUGGGAGAAGCUCAUUGAUGCUAUGGUUUGGAAGGAUGCUGCCACUCAGAUUUUCUUCUCCUUAUCUGCAGCAUGGGGAGGUCUAAUUACCCUCUCUUCAUACAACAAAUUCCACAAUAACUGCUACAGGGACACUCUGAUAGUGACGUGUACCAACAGUGCCACAAGCAUAUUUGCAGGCUUUGUCAUCUUCUCAGUCAUUGGCUUCAUGGCAAACGAGCUCAAAGUGAAUAUUGAAGCUGUGGCAGACCAAGGUCCUGGGAUUGCUUUUGUGGUUUACCCAGAAGCCUUAACAAGGCUCCCGCUCUCUCCCUUCUGGGCUAUAAUAUUCUUUUUGAUGCUCCUAACUCUUGGAUUAGAUACCAUGUUUGCCACCAUCGAGACCAUCGUGACCUCGGUGUCAGACGAGUUCCCGAAGUACCUGCGGACACACAAGGCUCUGUUCACCCUGGGCUGCUGCGUGUCCUUCUUCAUCAUGGGCUUUCCUAUGAUCACUCAGGGUGGAAUGUACAUGCUGCAGCUUGUGGACACUUAUGCAGCCUCCUACUCUCUUGUCAUCAUUGCCAUCUUUGAGCUUGUUGGAGUUUCCUACAUCUAUGGACUGCAAAGAUUUUGUGAAGAUAUAGAAAUGAUGAUUGGAUUCCAGCCAAGUAAAUUCUGGAGAGUCUGUUGGGCAUUUGUGACCCCAACUAUUUUAACAUUUAUUCUGUGCUUCAGCUUUUACCAGUGGGAACCCAUGACUUAUGGAGCCUAUCACUACCCAGGCUGGUCCAUGGUGCUCGGCUGGCUGAUGCUGGCCUGCUCAGUCAUCUGGAUCCCAGUGAUGUUUGUGAUAAAAAUGCAUCUAGCCCCAGGAAAAUUUAUUGAGAGGCUCAAGCUGGUGUGCUCCCCACAGCCCGACUGGGGCCCCUUCCUGGCCAAGCACCGCGGCGAACGGUACAGGAACAUGAUUGAUCCGCUGGGAACCUCCUCCCUGGGGCUCAAACUGCCAGCCAAGGACAUGGAACUGGGGACACAGUGCUAAUGAUUAUUACUAAAGGGUGGCAAUCACACUGUCAGCUUUCUCUGAUUUUAUUUUUCCCAUUUUUGUUUUCACCCACCGCUUCUUCUUUCCCGCAGUGCCUGAAAGUGGUUGCUUAGGAAAGCAGAACUUUGUUGUCGCAUGCCAUAGGGGAGGCCUAACCAGACCACUUCCAGGGGUGGGUGAUGCCUGUGACACGUUCUGUACCUGGGGACGCAGCAAAAGCCCUGUGUGUGACAGGUGGCACAGCCAGGUGUUGUCAGGUGAUGCAGGAACAAACAAAACCAAACCUAAAAGUCUUUAGAGGAAAUGAGGUGUGCAGUCUAACCCCCUUCCCACAAGCACCCUUUGUAGCAGGUGGCUGGGGUGGGACUAGGAUUUUGCUACCAGUGCAUUCCAAGGAGGGCUCAUCCCUCAAAUAGGAUGGAAGUGAGCAAAGAAUGGGAUCUCCUGUAGUCCUGAUGUAAAUCCAGCACAAGGCUCCUGUAGCAACGGGGCUGCUUCCCUACACUGACAGCCAACCUUGACCCAUCAUGUCUGCACACCUCCUUUAUGAUUUGUACUAACUUGGAGGGGUUGUUAUGCUAUUUAAACAAGUGGAGGACCUUGAAACAGCACACCAGGAAGCAAUGCAUGGGGUGAUAAUCCAUUUGUAGAAAAAUAAGAACAAAGUGUUUAAAAAUGAUCAGUUCAGAGACUAAACUGCAUUUGAGUCUAGAAGUGGUUUGGAAAUGGUGUCAGAAUGAGCUGUAUGGGCAUCGCUGUUUGAAGUCCUCUCAUAUGUUUCUUUUGAUAAUUUGACAUCUGUCAUUUCAACUAGGAAUGCCUCAGUUACACAAAGUAUCUGACAACUUGCUCCUCGCCAAGUGAACUGUGAUUUUACUCACCUCGCUCCAAUACUCCGAAUAUAUUGUUUUUUCUCUGCUUUUGUUUACAGUAUCUCCUCAAAAAGCCAUCAUAUAAUUUGUGCCUAACUUUGUAUCCUUACAAAGUGGUAAGUGUAGUCUAGUUACCACCUGAAAACAGUUAUUGGAUGUGCUGUUCAACUUCGUGACUCCCCGCUCAUUUGCCUCUAAGCACCUUUAUAUAACCUGUAACCCUUAGAUGGUGUAUUCUUCUCUUUCAGCCAAUAGGGAAAUAGCAGGACCCCACUUGUCUACAUAUUGUAUAUAUAGCACAUCAAUUCUUCAAAGCAGUAUUCUCUCUGAAACAUGCAUAGAGUAUUUUUUUCAUUAAAACAUUUUCAUUAAAUAAAACCGCUCAAAUCCUCAGUAAUUAACCACUGCAGUUAUCCACACAGGUGCAACAUUAGGUGUAGAAAAUGCAAGGGUUGAGGGGGAAAGGGCAAUUUAGUAGAGGGCCAUCAUAGCAUUGCAUAGCAUCCUAAAUCACUACAUUUUAGAAAUCAGAUAUAUGCAAUCAUAUUAAUAUUAGACUUAAAUAGUUUUGUUACCUAUUGGACAGAGUAAAAAAUAGAGCUUUUAAAGAGUACAUUUAUUUACCUAAAUAGAAAAUUAGCCCAACUUAUUGUAAAUGCACUAGAAUGAGGGAGAAAAAAAUAUCUUCAAUAAUUGGCAAAAAUUAACCUUUAUUAUCUUGUUAUAUCCUAUACAUACAUAUAUGAUAUUUUUUAACGGUGAUCAGUGUUCAUGUAGUGUGUGCUAGUGAUGUUUUAUGUCCCUAUUAAUAUCUUACCAAUCAGUGUAGAAAUAAUGAGCUUAGUAGUUUAGCCAGUUUUUUCCUCCCCACAGACACUGCUGUAGUAGCCUGUAAAUGUUCUUUCCUUUCAGGGGACUGUUUCUAUCCCGUUUUUCUGUCUGUCUGUCUGUCUUCAUACUACAGGGUCUCAGGUAAAUCCUCAGUUCAUGUGUGUCCGUAGAUCAGUAGGUGUGCUGUUUUCAUCCUGUUGAAGAAAACAAAAAGCUAAACCUUAAAGUAACACUUCCACAAAUUGUAACUCCUUUCCUCUGUGUGUGUGUAUAUAUAUAUGUAUAUGAAAUAUAUUAAUAAUCAUUUUGCUGAACUUCCUCUUUCACGGGGCAAUUAGUGUUGCCAGUCCUAGGCACUGCUGGGAAUCUUUAAUCCUCACUCAGAACAAUGAAGCACUAUCAGGGCUUGUCAAGCAGGGCAGGGAGGGCAGGUUCCACAAUAUCUUACACUGACCCCUGAAUCUCUGCUCCAUGGGCUCUUGUUGGUCCCUGUCCCACACAGCAGCAGGACAGGACCCUCCUGUGGCCUUCUCUGCCUUAAAGCUGCUCCCCUUGCUUCAGCUUUGCCUGCUAUUUUAAUACAAGGCUUGCUAUUCUUACCUCCAGCUUUUAUUUUCCUGGCAGAGGCAGGUCUGAGAAGCUGUGCUCUGUUUGAAGGUCCAUAAGGAUGAGCUGGAAAUUUGGUUCCCACGUCUGGGUGGGGCUGAGGGACCUUCCCUGGAUGCAAAAGGAAAACCCAAGUCAGCAUCUCUCUUGGGAAUUGUGUUUCUGUCGGGAUAAAUCACUCUGGGUCUCCCUUAACCAAUAUUCCUGGCCAUCUUGGUUUGAUUUUUGGAGUCUGAGCCAAUUUAUCCUCGCUAAUACUGUAAUUUGAAAACAACAACAACAACAUAUAUCUGUAGGUUUGGUCCUCUUUGAAAAGAGACAACACAGUCCAAUGGUUUGGGAGCACUGAAUCCUUUCCCUUAGUCUCAAGGCAUGCCUUGGAACUGGGAUUGCACAUUGCCAUGGAGCUCCCUCAGGGUGAGGAUGUCAGCCACUGCCCACCUGAACUGUGACAGAGAUAUCAUUUGAAGGAAUACUGCUGGGAUAUGAGAUCUUUUGGCUUGGAUUACCAAACCAGACUGCGUAUGAAAUUGCUACUGAAUUGCUUUCCAUGAUUUAUGUAAUUAAUCUGCUUGCUUUUAAUUUAGAUGUUGUUCCUGUGCCUGCUAAGUCAUUAGCACAGGAUUAGGCUUGAAUUUGAAACUCUGUAAACAGAUGAUUGGGAUUUUUUUGCUAGCUGAUCUUUGUCUUCAGCUCUGACCCCAUUGCUAGGCUUGCAAAAACCUUUGGAAAAGGGGAGAAAUGCAUACAAAAAUCACAGAAGAUGUAAAAUUUUCACUAAAUGUGAAAGGCAGGGUUUUAUUUUGGUCACAUGAAACUUUUUCUGAAGUAUUUUACUGUCCAAAUCUGAAAGCUGAGAUUAAAUUAACCAGCAGUGUCUUCUUUAAAUGAGAAAUAACCUUAAAGUUUGGGAAUGCACUUCAUUUACCAUGUUCUAAGGAAAGUUUGCAUGCACUUUGAUAAUUUUCUAAAAAUAAAUUUAGUAACUAAUAGCAUAACAGUAAAGAUCUUUAAAAGAAAAAACAAGGAGGGGAAAAAGCCAUAUUAGUAAAAAUGUGAUGUAUGUACUUUCAGAUCUAUCUAUCUUGUGAGUAAAAAAUGUUUAAAUUUGGUGAAACUAUGAUGCAUAUUUUUUCUUUGAAAUUAAAUUGAAUUUCUGGAUGAGCUGAGAUGCAUUAUUGUAUGCAUUAAAGAUUAUACCUAAUGCAAAUGCUUGCCAUCUUCAGAUUCUUUGGGGUCUUCCUCGUGUUUUUAAUAUGCAACGUUCAAAACCUGUGUUUCAGCUAGACAAGGCAGCACUUUGUUUCCAAAAGAAGGGUUUAACAAAAUGACCUUUAAUUGAGAAAGACUUGGAUUGUCUUUAUAUGAUGUUUCAAUUGAGUCCAAGUAGUCUUUUGAUUCAUUUCUGCUCCAAUGACCACAUUAGACGUGCCUGCACACUGAAGAUCAUUGCUUCUGAUACACUGUGUGACUGUCUCUCACCAUCAGAUCCCAACACCUGAUUGAUUUGAAAUACCUUUGGUCUUUUUAUUGUGUACAGUUGUUCGGAUAAUAUGAUUUCCUUUUGCCUGUGUUAAAACAAUGUUUACGUAUGGCAGUCAUUGGUCUCCUGUUGGUUUCUUUUUCUGCAGCUCCACUUCUCCUUGCAACCAAGGACAGACUUGUAGGGACUGUGGGCUGCAGACAGCAGAGCUUUUUGACCAGAGGCAUGCCAGAAAGCUCCUCUGUUCUGCUGUUGUGAGAGACACUCGUUCCUUGGUUUGCAGUUGGGUGGUGUGCACAUAAGGUACCUGGGAAAUGGUGAGAGCUCGGUGUUCCUGAGGAGCUCAGGUGGGUGACCCGGGGCAGGAGGGGAGAGGCGUGGGGAUUCCUGCCUUUGGCACCCUCAGGCAGCCUAUCACCAAAGAGAGAAGGUUUUCCUGAGGGGUGUAUCAUAAUGUGAGAGCUAGGUUGGAUCUUAAUGCUUGCAAUAUUUUAUUUGCCCAUAACAUUUAAAUACAUCUUCAGGUAACCAUUUGCCUUAUAGCUACCUUCCAUUGUUAGGAAAAUUGACUAAAACAUGGUGUUAUCUGUCCUUUAUAUUAUGUAGUAUUACCUUCUAAGGUAGAUGCUUGGCUGGUAUAAAUUGUCACAGCUUUGUCUGGAGCUGUGACAAUUUACACCAGCUGAGAAUUUGCUCCCUGUGUCCUAUGGCACUUUAUUACAGACCCAUCACUGAUGGGUUAAAUCUUAAUUACUUGCGUAAUGUCAUAUAUAAAUAUAUAUAUAUAUAUAUAUAUUUACAGGCAUUCUAUGGGGUACUGCUGCCUAUGGAUAAAGAUUUGUACCCUAACCAGAUCAUGACGAUUUUUCAUUAGCUGUAUGUGCAAAAGAUAUAUUGUUACAAAGAAUGCAUCAUAUGUACCUCAUGUAGUACAUAUUAUGUUGCUGUAUGUUGUUAAUUUCAGAAAUCAUUAUUCUUGAGGCCCUACCUCAGAUUUUGUAUUUAUGUGUAAAAAUGCAAUUUAUUGUAUUAUAUAUUUGCCUAAUAUAUUUGAAUGUGAUAAAUUAAAACUAUUCAAUAAUGUAUGGGCUCUAAAGACUCUAAAUAAAUGUCCAGUGUUUAAAACAGAAA